GUUGGUCUUGAGCGUUUCUCACAGAAAGCAGCCACGUGCAGCCGACUGCACGGCCUGCUGUGUUAAUGGCUGGGAUGCACAGGGCUGCAGCGCUGGCGUUCUGCUGGAUCUGCUCUUCCUUCCCACAGUGACAGCGGAACGCGGCAGAAAGCGCAGCGAGGCGGCAGAGCAGCAAGGAGCUGACGUACAGAGCGCGGGCUGUGGGGAGAAAAGCAAGAGGAGAAAGAGGGCACCGGGUGUUGGUGUUCCCCCGGACUGCCACGUGGAUCGGUUCAUUCAGUGGCAUCAAGGCUGGACCUGCUUGCAGCGGCUUUGGACACCUCGCCCACGGGAUGGAUGCAUUGCUGUACAACUCCCCAGUGGCCGGGAGAGCUUCUCCAGAUGCUCAUUGCCAACGGGGCUCCCCCGUGAGUGCGGAUCUGGGUGAUGGUGAGGUGUGCGGGCGCUUGGUGAUGUGUCUUUCUGAAUCACGGAGCUCGUGUAGCAACGAUUAGGCCCGCUGCCUUGCUUAUUUCCUUCACUGUUAAGCUUCUCUUUUGGCUUUAGACACUGCUUUAUUUUUUGGUAGCAUUUUGUACUAGGCAGUAAAAUAAGCCUAUCCCUUACGUUGGUGUCUUUGCCCUUCCCGCUGACGCCGUUGAUUGGCACCACGACAUUAGCACACGAUGGGCACGUAACUUGGACGUGGGGGACGUGACUUGAAAGGCCAGCAUCAGGAAGGUCUCCUUUGGAGAGAGACGUAGAGAUUUGGGCUUGUUGAGCGCGGAGAACAGAAGGCUCUGGGGAGGCCGCGUGGCUGCCUUUCGGAACGCGGGGCCUCAAAGAUCACCUAGUUCCAACCGCCUGCAGCGGCCAACAGCGAGCUCAGGCUCUAGGUCAGGUUGCUGAGGGUGCCACCCAGGCUGAACUGGAACUGGGGCGUGCACAGCGUCUGUGGGCAGCCUGUGCCAGUACCUCAGCACCUUCUAAGUGAAAAAGUUCCCCUUGACGUGUUGAUUUUUCUGAUGUGUGUGUGUGAGGUUUCUUUGCACUGGAGUGCCUACAGGUCGCACUUGGUAGAACAGUGGUUGUGAAACUUAGAAACCCUGCUCGAAUGGCAGCAGAGCAUUUCCAGAGGCACCAGGUGUGCCCACGUAUGCCUGAGGUCGACAGGAAUCCUUCUGCAGCGUCCCUUCCCAGUGUCUGUUGCAUCCCCCGUGCCUCCACGGUGCCUGCUGGCAUCUCGUCUGCCUGCAGAGACCGCGAUAUGACAUGUUUAUGCGAGGGAGAGCCAGCACUGACCAACAUUCGUGUGGGCUCCAGCAGAAAGAGGGCAGGGUGAUGCAUGGCGGGCACGGUGCGAGGCUGACUGCCUCUUGCGCCCGCCACGCAGACUCUGUUGAGCUGAAUUCCGCGUGUGUGACACAUGACAAGUUCUUGUGCCACUUGCCGAGUAAACCACGGUGAUUGUCGAUCACAAUAUUUCCACCUCGCGAGGCUUGCGUGUGCCUGUGAACACACAGGUGUUGGUUUAUGAAGCAGACGUGAAACUUUUCUUACUAAAUCACUGAAGUUAGGCUUGCGCUCUUUCCUGAAAUAAUCCAGUAAGUUAAUUGGUUCGCUAUGGAAGAACUCUCCAGAAUACUCCUGUGUGCCCUGGUUUCAGCCCAGUGCCCGCUGCACACCGAUGUUGGGUUGCUGUGAGCAAUGGGUGCCCGCCCGGGGCCGGGCCGCUCGGCGGGGCAGGGGGCGGCAGCGGGGCAGGCUGGGCCAGGCUGCGGGUUGGACGCGCGUGGAAGAGGAGAUCCCCUCUCCCUGCCGGUGACCUAACAGAGCUCCAGGUGACGCGGGCUGAUGUCACAAUGGGAUGCACUGCAUCACAAGGAUGUGUUUCCUGGGGCAGCGGCAGUGCCGGCACUUCCCUGCAAGGCCUGGGCGCUGCUGGAGCACUGCUCAGGGGCUCUGUCCUUCUGUGGCCAGGAGUCAGGUCAGGGGCAGCAAGGCUGCACCGGGCGACCCUCGGUGACGCGUGGAGGAGCAGGGGCACUUUGCAGAGAACUGUUGGUUGAGGAGCCAGGGAGGGCAUCCUUAGCUGCGAGCCGAGGGCUGCCGGCAAGCGACAUGGAAGGCUGCUGGACUGUGACCAUCAGCUCGGAGCUGGUCUACACGUUCCCAACGCUCCUGCAUCUCUCUGCCGAAGAGAUUGUGGCGAUCUGGGAUGCUGUGUCUGAUUACAUCCUGGAACAGAUGAAGCUGGACAAGGGAGUCCUGGUCCCGGGACUCGGGCUCUUUGCUGCGGUCCGAGAGCAAUUCCACAGCAAAGAAGUGGCGGUGUCGGUCCGAAGACCUGUCUUCCAGCUGGACAUCGGGGUGCUGUGGCUGCAGGACCUCCAGUCGCCCACCGACAUCAUCCCCGACGAUGUCAAGAUUGAGCGGCUGAACUACCGGCAGCUCUCGCGAGCCACCGGCAUCUCGCUGCACGUGGUGCAGCGCUGCGUGCGAGAGACCGUCCUCUUGUACUGUCACCUCCUGAGGAACAAGGCGCACGUCUCAUUCGCCUUCAAGAACAUUGGCGUUAUGACAUACGAGGACGACUUCCUCUGCAUGAGGUUCUUGUCCAGCUGCAUUACAACGCUGGAGAGCAAUGCCAGCCUGACUGCACUGCUCCACACUAGAAUUUGGCCGGCCCGUUCUGCUGACUUCGGGUCAGAGACCACCGCUCAUGGGAUCCAGGUGUUGCCGAGGUUUCAGCUCGCUGUGAAAAAGAGCAGAGCAGAGGCCGCCGCAGAAAGGAACGCUGCAGUGGCGCGGAAGAUGAGUAGAGGGGGCACUGCCGGCAGGCUGCUACAGAAGCGGAAGACACUUCCCCCCUCCAUGCUGCUGCAAUACCAGGCAGGCUCAAGGCAGCAAGAUGUGGCAAAGAAGCCUUCUGCCAGCGUGCUCCCGCCGUGUGCAGGCAGCUCCCACGGGAGAAAGCAAGCAGGACAGAAGGAACCAUCUACUCCUGCCCAGACCAGCACUGCACUCCCUGCGACAGAGGACUCUAAGAGAGUGCUGCAGGAGCUCCGGGAAGUGUCUGCCCUGUGGAAUGAAGCAGACCGCACGUGGCCCGUGUACCAGCAGCAGGUAGAGCAAACGCGGGCAGAAAGAGCGGCAUGGGAAGGCUGGAGUGCAGGGGAGGACCAGCCUCCACUGCAGCGGUUUGCCAGUGCGAGCGUGUGGGCUCCGCGUCCUCCAGCCCAGCCCCGGGGACAGCAAGUGAGGAGGAGGUGGAGGAAGGAUGUGGAUCCUCCGCCGGGAAGUAAAAUGGGAACAGCGACCAAGCUGGCACUGCAUGCCGACCUCCUCUCCCCUGCGAGCAGCUCAGGUGCUCCAAAGGUUGGAGCCCCACCUCCAUCAGCAAGAGGCUUUUGCUGACACCGCGGAAAGAAACCGGCAGAAGCUGGAGCUGAAGCGGCAGCUCCCCUGUGCUCGAUGCUCGUACCGCUCCAGAGGGGAAGGUGCUGGCAACAGUGGUGACGGCGCUGGAGCUGUCGGCAAGGGGGCUGGGAAGCUGUCCGGAUUUCCACCUGUGAAUGGCAAAUCGUAGAAUCAAAGACUUGUAGAAUGGCCUGGGUUGAAAAGGACC